UCAAUUCAUUUGCUUAUGACUCACCACCUCUUCACUCGCACUCAACUCCCCCAACUCGCGCCUUUCAUUCAUCACCAUCUCAAGAAAACAGUCAUCAUCCCCCAAUUCUUUUCAACAACCCUCCGCCGCACCCACACCCACACCCUACCUCCAAUGGACGCGCAUCCACCAGAUUCCUCCUCCGCCACCCCCGCCGCCGCCGUCGAAGACUUCAUUCACAUCCACGAUCUCAAAAUGGAGAGCUUAUCCGAUAGCAUGGUUCGGAUCGAUGAUCAUUCUUCGGAUUCCGUCGAUGCAGCAGCUUCGUCUGCUCCUCCGGAUGCCGGAGAAGACGCCGUCGCCGCGGUGGAUUCAGAUCGACAGAAAGUUACGCUUCCUGAGGAGUUGUCGAGGAAUGUAAUUGUGUUGUCUUGUGAAUCUUCUGCUGAAGGUGGUGUUUGCGAUGUUUAUUUGGUUGGUACUGCUCAUGUUUCUGAGGAAUCAAGCAAAGAAGUUCAAGCUAUUGUCAGUUUACUGAAACCAGAGGCUGUCUUCCUUGAAUUGUGCUCGAGUCGUGUGCAAGUGCUUACCCUUCAAAAUCUUAAGGUACCUACUAUGAGAGAAAUGAUUGAAUUGUUGAAGAAAAACCGUAACAUGUUUGAAGUACUUUAUGGCUGGUUCCUUGCCAAGAUUGCCAGUAAGCUUGAGGUCUUUCCUGGGUCUGAGUUUCGUGUGGCAUAUGAAGAAGCAAUCAAGUAUGGUGGCAGGGUGAUACUCGGUGACCGCCCUGUACAGAUUACAUUGAAGAGAACAUGGAGUAAGAUGCCACUUUGGUACAAGACAAAAUUGGUGUACUCUUUACUUUUCCAAGCAGUUUUUUUACCCAGCUCUGAUGAUCUUAAUAACAUGCUGAAGGAAAUGGAUGACAGUGACAUGCUGACUCUUGUUAUUCAAGAAAUGAGUAAAGAGUUUCCAACUUUAAUGGAGACCCUUGUCCAUGAACGAGAUCAGUACAUGUCCUCCACGUUAUUAAAAGUGGCAAGUGAGAGCAGAUCAGUUGUGGCUGUUGUUGGAAAGGGGCAUCUACAAGGAAUGAAAAAGAAUUGGAAGCAACCUGUUGUGAUAAAGGAUCUUAUGACAGUUCCAUCUCCCAAACCAGCUAUCUCUGCAAUGAGAGUCUUUACAUCUGUAGGUGUUGGCGUGGCUGGGGUUGCCAUAAUAUCAGGCAUCUAUCUUUCAUGCAAGAAAUGACUUCUUUAGGUAGAGACAUUGUCAUGAUUGUCAUCUUCAGGAACGUUUGGUAUAUGAAUUGAAAUGUAUACAUGUUGAGUCAAGUUAUACCAUCAUCAACAAAGUUGGUGCAUAAGCCAUUUAAUUUAAUUUGUUUUAUUUUUUUUGGAUCAA